AGGCCAAUCUUGCCUCUAUGUGAGAAUCUCAGAAUAUUAAGCUCAUGGAAGAUCUCAUACCCUAACAAACAUAUCUCUCUCUUUUGCCUCUAGUACUGUCACCCUGCCAUUAAAGGUUAGGGAACUUAGAGCAAUUUUCUUUACAAAAUAACAAUGUUUUCUUCAGACCAAAAUGGUGAGAAGGUGUUCCAGAUUUCCACUACAACAUACCAACAUCACACAGUCCCACAAGAUCUGAUCUUGCCUGAUGCUUUAAUGGAUGACAGUAUUCUUAACAAUGAUAAAGGAAAAGGCCGUCAGCAAAAAUCAUUAGCAACUUUGGAUAGCUGUGAGAUCACUCAUGAGGACAAUGAUAGGAAGGUGAUGCAUCGGGACAUGGAACGGAAUAGAAGGAAAGAGAUGAACAAACUACAUGGGUCACUGAGAUCUCUUCUCCCUCUUGAAUACAUUAAGGGAAAGCGUUCAAUAUCUGAUCACAUGAACGAGGCUGUAAAUUACAUCAACCACCUACAGGAAAAUAUUAAGCUACUGGGUGCCAAGAGAGAUGAGCUAAAGAAGUUAUCCGAUUUGAUAGCUCUUGAACCUGAGAGUGGAACCUCAUCUUUGUGUCAACCAACCUUUGUUAUGGUCCAUCCAUGUUUGGAUGGUGUUGAGAUUACUGUAAACAGUAGCUUCAUGGAACAGGGAUUGCCUCUUUCAAGAGUGCUCCAAAUACUGCUUGAGGAAGGGCUUGCUGUUGUUAGCUGCGUUUCCACGAAAGUAAAUCAAAGAUUAAUAUACACUAUCCAAUCUCAGGUCAGUGGCAUGACACAUGUAGAUCUACCUGGGCUGCAACAAAGACUUACUGAAGCAAUUCCAUUAUCACAGAAAUUUCCCAAGUAACGGUGUCUUGUGCAUUAAAAUUUUCUGAUAUUCCUCUCUUGGGUGAGAAACUUUGCCGGAAUGUGUAACUAGCUGAUUUCUUUGUAACAUAUUUGGAAAAUAUUGUUGCCUGUGUACACAUAUUUUGUGGAUGGAAUUUAGAGU